UCAGGGCAGGCAGGGAGGGCUGGAGGCGCCCAGCUGCCACGUCGCCAUGACAACAGAAGGUGGAGGUCGCAGCUCCAAGCCUUAAUGCUUAAGCUGAUGGAAGCCCACCCACUUCUGAUGGAAGCCCGCCCACUUCUGUUUCCAUGAGGUGGACACGCUGAGCUUGGCUCCCAGCUGCAGAAGGGACCAGAAAACUGCCCUGAGUGAAAUCAUCCAGCCCUAACAGGCCUGAGGAGCCGGGAAGAGGCAAGAAGUGAGCUGGCAGAUUUCUCCUGCAAUUGCCGUGGUCAAAGUUCUUCGGAAACUCUCUGUGACAAAGAACAAGAUGUAGGAAAAUGGGACCAGCUCCUGGAUGUUGGGCCUCUUUUGUGGCCCAGAGAAUCUCGCCUUGACCACAGGAGAGUCCUGUUCUCUUGGUUUCGGCCAAGUGCCAGACUUGGCCUUCUGCUCUGGUUUUGGCCAUCACUUUCACGGAGGAAAGAAGACUGCAGACCCCCAGGGGUUCCAUCCCUAAGGGAAGCUUGGGAAACGCAGCCCCCUCCUUCCCCUUCCUGAACCCCUGACCUACCAGCUGAACUCCCAGCGAGCCAGUCCGGAAUGAGCCUGCUAUGGCCAAGCUCUGGUUCAAAUUCCAGCGGUAUUUCCGCAGGAAGCCCGUGCGUUUCUUUACCUUCCUGGUGCUCUACCUGACGGCCGGGAGCCUGGUCUUCCUGCACUCUGGCUUUGUGGGCCAGCCGGCCAUCUCCCAGAACCAGGCCAGCCCUGCCGCGGGGGUCCCAGCUGAGGGUGCCGAGCUGCCCUUCUUGGGCGACCUGCAUCUGGGCAGAGGUUUCCGGGACACGGGCGAAGCCUCCAGCAUCGCCCGCCGUUACGGACCCUGGUUCAAGGGCAAGGACGGGAGUGAGAGGACCAAGCUGGGUGACUACGGUGGAGCCUGGAGCCGAGCCCUCAAGGGGAGGAUCGUCCGGGAGAAGGAGGAGGAACGAGCCAAGUACAUCGGCUGCUACCUGGAUGACACCCAGAGCCGGGCCCUGCGAGGCGUGUCCUUUUUCGACUACAAGAAGAUGACCAUCUUCCGUUGCCAGGACAACUGCGCAGAACGGGGUUACCUGUAUGCUGGGCUGGAGUUCGGAGCCGAGUGCUACUGCGGCCACAAGAUCCAGGCGACAAACGUGAGCGAGGCCGAGUGUGACAUGGGAUGUAAGGGCGAGCGUGGCAGCGUGUGCGGUGGCGCCAACCGCCUCUCCGUCUACCGGCUGCAGCUGGCCCAGGAGUCUGCACGCAGGUAUGGAAGCGCAGUCUUCCGAGGCUGCUUCCGCAGGCCUGACAACCUCUCUCUGGCCUUGCCCGUGACGGCUGCCAUGCCGAACAUGUCCGUGGAUAAGUGUGUGGACCUCUGCACCGAGAAGGAGUACCCGCUGGCCGCCCUUGCUGGCAAUGCCUGCCACUGUGGGUUCCCCACGACGCGAUUCCCCCUCCACGAGAGGGAGGACGAGCAGCUCUGUGCCCAGAAGUGUAGUGCAGAAGAGUUUGAGAGCUGCGGAACUCCGAGUUACUUCAUCGUGUACCAGACACAAGUCCAAGACAACCGCUGCAUGGACCGAAAGUUCCUCCCAGCCAAGUCCAAGCAGCUCAUCGCUCUGGCCAGCUUCCCCGGUGCCGGCAACACGUGGGCUCGCCACCUCAUCGAGCUGGCCACCGGCUUCUACACUGGCAGCUAUUACUUCGACGGUUCCCUCUACAACAAAGGGUUCAAAGGUGAGCGGGACCACUGGCGCAGCGGCAGGACCAUCUGCAUCAAGACACAUGAGAGUGGCCAGAAGGAGAUUGAGGCCUUCGAUGCUGCCAUCUUGCUCAUUCGUAACCCCUACAAGGCACUCAUGGCCGAGUUCAACCGCAAGUACGGCGGCCACAUCGGCUUUGCUGCACACGCCCACUGGAAGGGCAAAGAGUGGCCGGAGUUCGUGAGGAACUACGCCCCGUGGUGGGCCACUCACACGCUGGACUGGCUCAAGUUUGGCAAGAAGGUGCUGGUGGUGCACUUUGAGGACCUGAAGCAGGACCUCUUCGUCCAGCUGGGCCGCAUGGUCAGCCUGCUGGGCGUGGCUGUCAGGGAGGACCGGCUACUGUGCGUGGAGAGCCAGAAGGACGGCAACUUCAAGCGUUCGGGCCUCCGCAAGCUCGAGUAUGACCCCUACACAGCCGACAUGCAGAAGAUCAUCUCGGCCUACAUCAAGAUGGUGGACGCGGCCCUUAAGGGGAGGAACCUCACGGGCGUCCCCGACGACUACUACCCCAGAUGAUGCCUGGGCUGGGGAAGAGGGGGUUGGGAGCCCCCACCCAGCUAUUCUCCUCCCUUGGGGAACCUCCCCCCCAACCUGUCCUCUCUUUCUGGUUUGGGGACAAUCCCCAUGGUGGCUGUUGGCCCUCAGUGGAGUUUCCUGCAUGAUGAAGGAAGCUCAAGGGAAGAGACCGUGGGGGCACUCCCCACCCAACUCCCUGCCUCCCUUGGAGGGGGCUGCUGGUUUGGGGCACUCGAGCCCCAUGGACCCUUGCCUGUCUCCGGUGCCCCAGCCCCCACCACUCAGGAUCCCGCCUGUAGGGAGCGAGGGCUCACAGUGUCCCCAAGAAGCAGGUGUCCCACUGCAGAAAUCAAAGAUGUUGAUUCGAGAGCUAAAGGGCUGGUCGAGGGAGAAAGUGUCCCCGGGUGCUCUUCCCUUCCAGGCUGAGCGUUCACGGCCUCCCCUUCUCUCCUCCACGCCCCAGGGAAGCAGGGACUCCAACAUGGACCCAGGUUGCUUCUGCUGGAAGAAGGGUCUCUGACACUCGGAGCCUCCAUAGAGGCGUGGUACCCCCAGGAGGUUAACGGGCACUGCCAUGUGGGGGUCGGUGUGAGGAGUCCACCCCCCAGGUCCCACGGCUCCGAGAAACAAUCUGGUUGCCAGAAUGCUGCCCUUCCCUGCUCCCCCCCCCUCACUGUACCCAGGAGGGGACCUUGGCAUCUUUGAUCCCACUCCCAGGGGUCCUCAGGUGCCAGCACUUAACCCCAGGAUGGUCACAUGCCACAAGCAAAAGCUUGAAUAAGACUGACCGCACCCGGGGCAGCUCUCCCACAGUGGGGCCCAACACAAUGACCCUAUACUGCCCUCUGACCCCUAGCGGGGGGUCCUUUGCUAUCCAGGUGAGAGAGCCUGGAGUGCUCCACAUCAGGUGGGGACCUUGAGCCACACAGAUCGCCCUCUACCUUCCCAGAUCACCGACCACCCCUUGGUCCUAGUCCCGUGGGGCCAGCUCCCCUGGAAAUGAUUCUUUAAGGAAGAGAAUGGUUCUUUCGUUUCCACAGAAACACACCUCCCUUGGUGGUAAGACAUCAAACCAAAGGAUUCUCCAGGACCUGGGUCGCUAACCAUCAGUCUCAGAAAGCACUGAUUCAGGACCCCAUCUGUCCCACCUCGGAUCCCAGUGGCUUCACGUCCUGCCCACACCUGCACCGCCCCCUACAACAUAGACGCAAAAGCCAUAGGUCCCAGAGCUUUGCUCUUCUGUCUGGAGCAGCUCCCCCGUCAGCCCCUCUGAAGGCUUGGGGUGCAGAUAAAUGCUCUUUCCCAAAUACCCAAGAGACUAUGGAGAAGGUGACUGUAAAGAGAUCUAUUUUUUUAAGAGGAAUAUAACUACUACGUUCUGCCCCUUGGCACCUGGCCACGCAAAGAGAAGCAGGGCUUAGGGACUGGGCCUGUGGUUCUCUUCCCUGACGCCCUCCUCUGUGAGAUUUGCCCCCCGCCCAGGCUCAGGACCCAGCCAGGGAGCCCGGAAUGUAUUUUGUACCAUGUUUCUCCCCCCUCCUCCCCACCCUAGGCUAGUUUCUAGUCUUCUGAGAAGCAGUAGACAGCAUGGCCUCCCCUCCCACGGGGACAUCUGCUCUCUCUGGGAGCCGUGGGGUCUGACACCUGGGCCCGUUCUGCUGGCGGUCGCCGCAGGCCUCUGUCUGAAGAUUCCUCAGGUCAACACCGUCAUUAAAAGCGAGUUUUGUUGCUGAUUCUACCACGUGGUAGAGUGUUGUGUAAGGCGAGUUCACAAA